AUGUUACUCGUGAAUGAAUCCAUAAAUGUUACAAUACCUUCAUAUCAACAGGAGUCUUCCAAUGUUCAAUAUGUGAUUGAUAUCAAGGCAAGAAAUAAGCAGUAAUGGCAAAUUUCAAAGCGCUACUCCUAAUUUGAGGAUUUGCACAAGAAAUUGAUACCACUCUUUCAAGAACUCCCAGAAUUACCGAAGAAGGCCUUUAUUACAUUCUUGGUAGGAAAAUCGAAGGAAUAGUUGGACGAUCGAAGGGCUGGUUUAGAGAAAUAUCUUUAGUUACUUAUAGUUCGUCGUGAAAUAUAUCAUUCUCAAUUACUUCGAGAUUUUUUGUAGCUUGAAUAAUGCGAGGAAAUCCUCCCACCUAAUCUACUACAGUCAUUUAAGACAAUAAUGGGCAUACGUGACAUUUCUUUGUCCGAUUAAGGAGUGAUGUUUCUCCUGCAAGCAGAUAUGAGUGUUUUGAAUAGAGUGGAUGCUUAUGUAAAUAACAUGAAAAUGCCAUGGGAUGCUGAAUAGAAAGAAUUCAAAACCAUACCAGUAGGCCAAGUUGAAUGUUAUAUCAAGUAAGAAGAAGGGGAGUUAUGCUAUAAAAAACUAUGGACCAAAGAGUAUAAUACUUAAGCAAUUUGCAUGUUUUAUGAACCCAUCUCAUGCUCUUUGCUAGUUGGAUUGGACUCAGGGAAUAUUAAUUUUAUAAAAGUGUCUGAAAGAGAUUCAUUCAAAAAGUAUGAAUAAAGUAUUGAAAUCGAAAUCCAUAUGAGCAGAAUUAUGGGUUUAUUUUAUAGGAAUGGAUAAAUUCACUCAGUAUCAAAAGAUACUCAUUAUAAAGUCAUUGACAUUGAAUAAGGAGGACUGAAAUCAGAUUUCUCGAUUGGUAAACAUGAAUUAACAUCCUUGACAUAUAAUGAAUAAAGGCAAAUCUCUGUAGUUGGUAAUAGAAAUGGCUAAAUAUAUAUCUUAAAUAUUAAACCUACCUAACCAAUAGUAAUGUUGUCGGUUGAUACGAACACAUCAUUUAUCAGAGGUUUAGUUUUGGACUAUUAAAAAAACUAUUUAAUAUCAGUAUCUUAUGAUGAUGGAGUGAUUUGUGUUCUAGAUGUGGGUAAAUGUCUACAAGACAAUGUAGGCAAAAUCAAAACAAAAAUUUAGGCUAAAAUUAAAACUAGAGAAGUCUAAUGGUCAAGUAGACGUGGGGAAUUAUUUGUUGGAAACGAUGAUGGAACAGUCACUAUUUACAAUGCUCUCGAUUUAUAACCUUAAUUUGUACUAAAGGCUCAUGAUAAAGCCAUCACUAAAUUGAUUUGGUAAGAAUCAACCCAGAUUCUUAUUACUGGUGGAAAAGAUGAAUUAAUUAAGUGGUGGCAUUUUCCAAAAAAAUGGAAGGCUGGUGAUUAAGAUGAAUAGGCCAAAUCAAAACAAUUGAUUGAAGCCAAAAUGGACAAUAUCUUAAAAUUACAAAAUCAGAAUCAAAAAGUUGAUUCAGAUGAAGAAGAUUAAACCGGCUUAGGAAAUUGGCAUAAAUGA